AUGUUGGCGCCACAUACCACUCCCCAACUCGAGCGUUUCGUCCUCUUCUACCACCAUCAUGACCGGGGCAAGGGCGGGAAGGGCGUUCUCCCGAUUCCCCCUAUUGUGCUUGGUCCUUGGUCCAUGCCUGAUCCGGGACGGGCGAGCACAGACCUCGGUAGUGAGUGUCGCCCAGCCAGUCUGGUGUUUCGGUUCCUGAGGCUGUUGAGUCAGCCACCGGAAUUGUAUGACGUCAAGGCCUCCGAUCUGCCCCGCGGUGACGCCUGCUGA